GAAGAACCAAGAAGUUGAGUGUGAGAGAAGACAACAAAGAUGGCGGACAAGAAGCAGCAGGCGGCGCCCACCACCAAGAUCCUCACUAAAAGUGAAGGUGAGGAGAUUGUGCAGAAGUUCCAGCAGAUGAGAAAUGAGCAGAGAUCAUUGAUGGCCAAGAUCAGUGAGCUGGAGCAGGAUCUUAAUGAACACAAGAUUGUCAUUGAGACGCUUCAAGAUGUUUCCCCUGAUCGCAAGUGCUUCCGCAUGGUUGGAGGCGUCUUAGUAGAAAGAACUGUGAUGGAGGUGUUGCCUGCGCUGCUGAACAAUAAAGAACAAUUAACGAAAGUGAUUGACAGCCUAAACACCAAAAUGGUAAACAAGGGAAAGGAAGUAAAUGAAUUCCGUGCGAAGCACAACAUCAAAAUCAGAGGACAAGAUGAAAUCAAGGAAACCCAGCAGCCUGAUCCUACCACCGGCACUCAGGGGGUCCUCGUUCCUAAUAAAGCCUAGUCACGUUAAUAACCUGUGCAAUGCACGUUCUAUGCAGUUGUUGUUGAUGGAGCUACAGCUUUAUCGAGGACUCGGUAUGGAGGCCGAACAUGAUUUAUAUUUUUAAGUAAUUGUGUACUACAGGUGGUCAAAAUCUCCAUGUUGUACAAGAAAUAUGGGUGAAAAUCUCCACACUAUCCAAGUGAGAUUAGAAUCCUGUUUAAUUACUGAAAAAAUAUAGUUGUAGAACAACCAUGGUACAAUAUUAUUAAGGAAAAAACUGACAUUUUUGAGUGAUAGGUGAAUUUGAUAGAUUAUAGAAACUAAAUCCAUGUGGGCUUGUUGGAAGUAGUGGAUGACAUAUAAUCACGAGAUACACUGUGAAAGAAGGGCAAUGAUACCACUGACGGAAAUAAAAUCAGUUCACAUUUACUUAUAUGAUGGUUUGUACAGGAAUUUUGUAUAUUACAUCCUGUCGACACAAAGCUUAUUCCUAAUACCAUUUAGCACUGAGCCAGAAAAGCAACAAACGCUAGUUUUACUACAUUUUGAACCUGCUUGAAGUUGUCAUUAUGUUUUGAUGUGCAAAAUUGGUUAUUUUCAGUGCUUCCUUUGGGAUUUUAUAUAUAUAGUUUUCCUCUAGAUUUUUUAUAUUUGAACUGGUCAUGUGACUCCAUUUGGUGAGCUACUGGAUGACCUAUAAGGCAUUAAGGAAUCAACAUGGGAUAUUUACUGAUUAUAUAUUUUCUCGAGAUGUAUGAAGGUGUUAUGCAAUUGAGAAAAUUAUUUUUUCCUCCCUGUUAGAGAGCACACAAUCUCUUGUUGCAAAUAAUGUUAGGCUGCUUUAAGAACCAUUUAAGUAACAUUUAUUUGUAUGGAAUAAAGGUUGUGACUAAAUUAUUUUUUAACAUGUAAGCCAUUGGUCACUGUGAUGUUGAUUGAUAAAUUCUGUUAAUUGAAUCUCGCUUGUUAAUAUUUUGAAGGAAUUAUUGGAUUGUUAGCACAGCAUCGGAAAAUGUUUUGUUGAAUACUGUUAUUAAUGGUUAUAAAGUCACCCUUCAUUACUAAGGUUUGCUUUCAUAACAGCACAUUUCAUUAAUAUCCAGCGAUGCUAAAUCUCAUUAAUUAGUAUAGUUGGUGUUGCCACAAUUCAUUUUUCUGCCAUAAGAUAACCAAAACACUUAACAUAUGGGGCUGACAUUGCUAGGAAGUUUAAUAUUUAUUCCCAGUUAAUCAUAUUCACAGAUUUGAAAUUUUCAAAGUACAGUAUGUGCGGUUUAGAUCGUUCACACGAUUAGGAAAAUAAAUGCUUGAAACCUG